AAUUCCAGCGACCCGGCUAUAUUCUCCAGCGAUGAUGAUCCGGGGCUCGACAACUAUGUCGAGGGGAGGCGGAAGAAGCGCUACGUUGGAUCGUGGUUCCAGCAGCAGCUCGACUCGGUGGAUUCCAGCCUUGAUAAUGGAGCUGGAAGGGUUUCAAACGUUCCGGCGAAACGCUCCCUGAAAAGGGAUCUGGACAGCGGCAUCUUCCUUGGUAGCGACACCACGGAUGGUGAGGAUUUCAUCGAGGGAUUGGAAGCCCCGGCCGUGCCAAGGCUGCCUCAGAUAGCACCCCGGACGAUGCCCCGACUGUCGCAGCCUGAAAUAGUGGCUCGACAGAAGAUCCAGGAUUGCGUCGACAGGGGCAACGAGAUGGUUGAUCUCUGGGGAGUUGGCCUGGAAGAGCUUUCAGACGACAUCGUCAACCGCCUCGGCCAGGUCACGUCCAUCCCCGUUGUCGCCAAGGACGUGGCCUUUGCGCCGCCGCCGCCCAACUUGCAGGUGUUCCUGGCCCUGAACAAACUGUCGCGACUGCCCGGCUCUCUUUGCGACAUUACAAACCUCACGGUGCUGAGUCUUCGCUCCAACGAGCUGACAGAACUACCCCCGGCAAUCUCUAAGCUGACCAACUUGACGGAGCUCAACCUCUCCCACAACAAGCUCAGGUAUUUGCCUUCCCAAAUCCUUGAGUUAGUCAAGCCAGGGGGCAAGCUUCGCGAUCUGUCCGUUGCCUUCAAUCCCUUAUGGCGACCACAACGCCCGGAUUCAUGCACAACGGAUGAUGUUGGUGAGGAGCGCGAGCGGAGGAGUCACAAGUCUUCAUGGGUAUCUAUGCAGCGGGACAAGCGCCAUUACAUGGUCCAUUGGCUCGGCCAAUCUCCACUGCAAGUCUCCAACUCCAAUGGUAGAAUUCUCUCAGAGUUUCGUCUCCCGUCGAUGGAUGAAGCGCCGGAGCUGUUGGAAGCACAGGUGCCUGUCGCGGUCUAUAUCGACGAGGAAUCCGGCGCUCCUGUUUACGUCUCCCCGCAGGCAUCUGCCGGCUUGCGCAAGGGGGAAGCAACGCCUAGUUCCGUGCCCAGCCUAACCGAGGUUGCGCUGCGGAGCUGCUAUCGUAGCAGCUACCUUCGCGAUCUCGACUUGCUCAUCCCAGAGGGCCUUUCACAUCUCCGUAAGUUGUUGCGGCGCACCUCGUUGCAGAAGGAUAUGGGUGGGGUGACUUGCUCGACCUGUCGAAAGACGAUCGUAGUGCCUCUCCUUGAAUGGGUUGAGUGGCGGGAGCUGCUGAAAUGCUCCUUUACCUUGAGAGAUGCUGAGGAACCCCCGCGAGCGAGGAUAUUCACAGACGAGGAGUUGGUGGUGCCCCUAGUUUAUCGGGCGUGUUCAUGGCGCUGUGGACCC